CUGUGCCGACGUUUUCCAAGACUGUGCCGUGUAAAGAUCUCAGAAAAUUCUACGGAAGAAGGGAAAACAAUACUUUUCUACAAUUAUUUUGCGUGUUAAACGUAAAGAUUGAUUAUGUGGACAGUAGUAACUCGUGUCGUUGGAAAUUAGCUAGUUUUUUGAUGUGAUAGUAAAGGAAUAACAUCUCAUCAUGAUCACGACAGCUUCGCUAUUCGUUUGCGCAUUAUCGGUUCUGACAUGUGGAAAAGCGUUUUAUUUACCCGGCUUAGCCCCGGUAAAUUACUGCAGUAAAACCGGCGAGGACAACGCAAACACUUGCAAAAAUGAAAUCCCAUUAUACGUAAACAGAUUAAACACAGAAGAGUCAGUGAUACCCUUUGAAUAUCACCACUUUGAUUUCUGCACGACAGAUGAAACUCAAUCUCCAGUCGAGAACCUUGGGCAAGUUGUGUUCGGAGAACGAAUUAGGCCAAGUCCGUACAAGUUGAACUUUAUGGAGAAUGUUGACUGUGCAACAGUGUGUACGAAGACUUACAAGGGGUCGAACCCUGAUUCGUUAAAGAAGCUGAAUCUGUUGAAGAUGGGUAUGGCGCUGUAUUACCAGCAUCACUGGAUACUGGACAAUAUGCCGGUGACGUGGUGCUACUUGGUGGACAAGGAGAAGACUUAUUGCAGCACUGGAUUCCCUAUGGGCUGCCAAGUCAGGAGGGAUUUGGACACAUGCACACCGAUCGUAGCGACAAAUCAGGCCCCGGUCGGCGCGUACUUCCUGUUCAACCACGUGGACAUCGAGAUAACGUACCACAGCGGGGCCGAGGAGGAGUGGGGCGUCGGCUUUGGCGAGAAUGGCGGCAGGAUCAUCUCGGCUAAGAUCAAACCGGCCAGCAUCCGGCACGCCAAUCCCGAUAAGCUAGACUGCAACACCCGGACACCGCUGGAGAUACCCAACAUGCUCACCGGAGACGAGACCUUCUCCAUCACAUACUCAUACCGGGUCACCUUCCACCGCAACAACACGAUCAAGUGGUCAUCCCGAUGGGAUUACAUCCUAGAAUCCAUGCCACAUACCAAUAUUCAGUGGUUCUCGAUACUGAACUCCUUGGUUAUUGUACUGUUCCUUAGUGGAAUGGUGGCUAUGAUUUUGUUGAGGACUCUUCAUAAGGAUAUUGCGAGAUAUAACCAGAUGGAGUGUGGAGAGGAUGCUCAGGAAGAGUUUGGUUGGAAACUGGUGCACGGAGAUGUGUUCCGGCCGCCGCGACGAGGCAUGCUGCUGGCUGUCUUCCUGGGAUCCGGGGCACAGGUAUUCGGCAUGACCCUGGUAACCCUAGCGUUCGCGUGCCUCGGUUUCCUAUCACCCGCCAACCGUGGCGCCCUGAUGACGUGCGCUCUGGUCGCCUGGGUACUCCUAGGAGCGGCUGCUGGUUACGUCAGCGCGCGUAUCUACAAGAGCUUCGGCGGACGGCGGUGGAAGAGCAACAUACUACUCACUUCCAUGGUGUGCCCUGGUGUGGUGUUCUCCCUGUUCUUCAUAAUGAACCUGGUCCUCUGGGGCAAGGGCUCAUCGGCCGCGAUCCCAUUCUCGACCCUACUGGCACUGCUGGCGCUGUGGUUCGGCGUCUCUGUGCCGCUGACUUUCAUCGGAGCUUACUUCGGCUUUAGGAAGAGGAUUUUGGACCACCCCGUGCGAACGAAUCAGAUCCCGCGACAGAUCCCAGAACAGUCCCUCUACACGCAAGCAGUCCCCGGCGUCGUCAUGGGCGGUGUACUACCGUUCGGCUGCAUUUUCAUCCAGCUAUUCUUCAUUCUCAACUCUCUGUGGUCUAGCCAGAUGUACUACAUGUUCGGUUUCCUGUUCCUCGUGUUCGUGAUCCUGGUGAUCACAUGCUCGGAGACCACCAUCCUGCUCUGCUACUUCCAUCUCUGCGCCGAGGACUACCACUGGUGGUGGCGCGCCUUUUUAUCAUCCGGUUCCACUGCUGGCUACCUCUUCGUCUACUGCUGCCACUACUUCGUCACGAAACUAAACAUAGAAGACGCCGCGUCCACCUUCCUCUACUUCGGCUACACGUUCAUCAUGGUGUUCCUGUUCUUCCUGCUGACGGGCACCAUAGGCUUCAUGGCCUGCUUCUGGUUCGUCAGGAAGAUAUACAGUGUGGUUAAGGUAGAUUAGGUGGACUGCGGUAUGCUCCGACAGAUAAGCGUCGUCUGAGGAUUUUUUAUUAAUCAAUGUAUAGCUGGAUUUAUGGAUGCGCUGGUUGCGAAAAUGUUUACGAUGGAAAUGUUUUUGGAAAUUUUCGUAGGACGUUAAGAAAACUUUCAUUUUGGGGACGGGUCUUUUCGAUCUCCGUACAGUUAUGAAGUGUCCGAUAUUUUUCUAUUUACGAAACUUUCCCACAGCACAUCAGUGGCCUGUUUCACCACAGUGACAAUUAUUGACGCUUCGCCGAAUUGUUAUUUAUCGACCCAGAAAUAGGCACAGAAUUGUCAGUGUGAAAUGUCAAUGUCACUGUCACUUGAUGAAAUAUGCCACAAUAGUUGGAUUUAUGUAUGUUCGACCAAAAUAUGUUGAGCAAUUAUAAUGAAAUUUGAAAAUAAAAACUUAAUGAAAGUACGCUCACAUUGGUUUACAGUCGUCUUCGAAGAUACGUUUACUCUUUUACGCUUGUGAAAGAUAAAGUAUACAUAUCUUUGGCGUCGAUUGAGGCGUUUUUACUGCAGAUACUUAUAUCUGAUAACAGAGAGUACACAUUAACGAAUGUAAGAAAUGUAACGUACAUUCAAAAGGAAUAUGCAAAGUGAACUUAACCCUUUAAUGCAUAGUGAUUGAUGUAACGAGGGUUUACUGGUGAAACCCGAUAAAUCGAGAUAAUUUGUCCUUGAAAUAACAACAUUGUGGAAAUUGCACAUAGUUCGAAUUUCAAAAACCAGUUUGCUCAACUUAUCGGGUUUCACUGAUUCAAACUUUCACGAUUUUUACACAUAUUUAAAAUUGCAAACGAUCGUGGGUAUUAUAGUAGAAAAAUACGUGAAGCCAUUGAAAUUAAGAAGUAUAAAAAUUUCAAUCGAGACGAAGGUUUUAAUAUCUCAUCCACAUGGAA